AACUCUGUCAGGCUUUUCUAAAACAUGGCGGACGCGGUAAGCUGACGAAAGUUGUGGAAUUACGACUUCGAGACACAUCCACCCCGCAAGUUAUCAGGACCUACUAUGAAAAAGUCGACGUCAGGUGUUCAUGCAGACAUGAAAUACAAUCUAUCUCUCUGUGGCAGCGGCUUUCUCGGGAUAUAUCACCUGGGGGUGGCCUCGUGUUUGGUCAACCAUGGGCAGACUCUUCUCUCAAAAGUCGACACCAUUGCCGGGGCAUCAGCAGGAUCACUGACAGCCGCCAUUCUUGUUAUUUCAAAAGAUAAAGUGCCAGAAUCUGUCGAAUUCACGAAGAACCUGGCGAAGGAGAUCCGGUCGAAGCCAUUUGGGGUGCUGACCCCACGCUACAGCCUCCUGAAGACUGUGGAGAAGUUCCUGGAGAGGACGCUGCCACAGGACGCCCACAAGACCGCAUCAGGGAAACUGUUCAUCUCACUCACCAAUGUGGACACGAAGAAGAACGAGAUCAUGUCCACGUUUGACAGCAGGGAUGAACUCAUCAAGGCCCUGAUUGCUAGUAGCUAUAUCCCCGGAUAUGCAGGACUUAAGCCCCCCAAGAUCAAGGGGCAUAGAUACAUCGAUGGUGGUGUCACCAACAACCUCCCAUCUCUCCGUGGCACAGCAAGGAACAUCACCGUGUCACCAUUUUCGGGUCGUCAAGACAUCUGCCCCCAUGACAAGGCGGGGAAGGGAAUGUUCUUCCGUCACAGUAAACAAGACUUUCAAGUGAACUUCAACAACCUUGUGCGUGUCACACAUGCUUUGUUUCCCCCAAAACAGAAAACCCUGGCACAGUAUUUUGAAAUGGGAGAGAGGGAUGCAAGUCGGUUUCUGAGAAGAGAAGGUUUGUACGACGCUCCCAAACCUCAGCCAGUCUACAAGAAGGUCACUCAAUAUGAGUCUACUGUAUAAUGGCCUGUUAUCUUGUCAUGUAUUUUUACAGAUUUCUUCUCAAGGUAACAAGCAGUGUAAGGCACAGAAGUAGGUUCUGCAGACUAAGGAGUUACCUCCCCUUCCUAAGCCAGGAUCUGCCAGUCAGAGGUUUUAUGACAUAUAAGCAACAACUGAGAUAUUAACAUCCUGCUUGUCAUCACCGGAGUAUGUAUAGCUUUGGGGGUUCCUCCCACUUUGUGCCAGGAAUCACAAACAAAUGCACCUGCUCUCUGUACAGUGCUGAGCUGCUACAGACAUGGUAACAAUGUCUUCAGUUUCUGUUACGAUAGUUGUGAAAUGUAACAAUAUUUCUGGUCACAGAUCCUCAUUUGCAUUCAAAGUUAGUCUCAUUGAUA